AACAUUGGUCGUAUGUAUUUUUAAGGACAUGUUGAGAUCGCUUUCAGAUGAACGUGAAGGUGCCGCAUGGCCGGAUGGUAAGGCACCUGAUUAUACAUGGAGAGUCCGGGGUUCGAUCCCUGACCACGGCACCUAUGACCGUGAGCAAAGCAUUUAAUCGGCAAGUGCACUUGUAUUAAAACAAAUAAAACAUGAUGAUGAUCGGUGUAAUUCUUCACCACGUCUAUAUAAUAUUGACUCAUAAAUUAGUCUGUAUCCGCUGCGGAAAUUAUCCAUUAUAAUUCUUGUAUCAAAAUUCUAUAAUGGUUAUUUGAUGGUGAUUAAAUGGAGAAUAAUUGCACUGAAUUUGGUCUAUAGGCCUACUCAUGCGAUUGUUGUUAACAAAAAAAAUCCCUCAUUUUCUUUGCAGAACUAUACUACAACAAUUUAAGCAGAAUAUAAAACACAUGUUCAACAGUCGAAGUAGUCCCAAUUUUGGAUUUCUGCUGAAGAGGCAUUAGGCACCUCCAACAUUGAAAGGCAUUUCUCUCCAACAUGGGACCAGAAUCAGGCGCGAGGGUCGCAUCGGCAGUUUCAGAUUUCAAGCCGGCGACAAUGGUGGAACCAGAGCCAGAACCUGAGAUCACUUCCGAGCCGGAACCAGAACCCGCCUCAGGACCUGAACCUUCAUAUCAAGAUGCCGUUACUCUUAAUGAAAUGCUGGUCCCUCCAUUUGCAUUGAUGGCUUUGCUGAUCUUUGGAAUGCUUAUGCUUACGAUUUCAAGAAAUUGGAGGAGGAAACAUAAAAGAGCCAGAUAUCGGAAUAAAAUCUCGGACACUGACAAAUGUGAUGUGAUUCUUCUUAGUUCUCUGACAGUUCAGCAGCGUGAAGACUACUCUGAAGAAUUUCUAACAUCAGAAGAAAUCGAGUCGAUGGAGGCACUGAGGCAACACCACAACGGACCCGUGUCUUUGUUUUUCAUGUGCCUGCCAGCAAUCAUCUCGCUAGCACUUGGUCCCUGUUUAUUACUGUUAAGAGCACCAGUAAUAGAUUCAUUCUGGGCUAAUGGUCUACCAAAUAUCAAUGAUGGCUUGGGUUCUUUUCUGGCACCGGCUGGUCUUGUAUAUGCAAUCACGUUUGGCUUUACCUUUCAAUGUGUAUUGGACAAGCAACGUUGUAUUGCUGCAACACUUUCAACCGAAGUAGGACUCCUUGAGCAGAUUCUAGCAAUGACGUCAAAGAUGACAUCACUGACAACAGAAGACCGGCUGAAGAUUUAUAAAUUAGUGAAGACGGAGAUCAUUUCAAUCAUGCAACAGAUAACUGGACGAAGAGGGACGAGUUCGAAGGAUUUCUUACAUGAAUACUCAGCUGGUCGGAUUUGGGAUGUCAUUGCUAUCUUGCAGAAGGAUGCUCGGGAUACUGAACAUUGUGACGUCAUCAUCGUAGAGAAAAUUAUAAGCAAUUUGCAGGAGUUAGCGAGCUGUUCGACAAAGCGAUACAUGACCUUACAUUAUAAGGUACAUCCUUUGCUGUGGAUGUUCUUAGAAAUUCUGGGCUUCUUCUCGUACUUCGGCGUCAUGCUUAUUGUGUCCGAGUCCAGUCGGAUGGACCUCACGAUGUGUCACAUGACAGUAUUCUCAAUCAGUCUACUUUGUUACGUCAUCGGGGAUCUCGAUCAUCCUUUUAGUGGCUUUUUUAGGAUCAAUUUAAGUCCUCUCUUGCAUCUUGUUGGUAAGAGCGAAUAUUUCUACCGCGAAGAGCAGGGUAAAGAUUCGAACUGUGCUCAGACACUCCGUUCCAGAUCCCUCUCCACCGCGACGCCCAUCAAGAGGGACUCGUCUUCCUCGCCCAGCUUUAAGUCUAGCCAGACACUUUAAAGAUAAAUCAUGCAACAAUUUCAAGACUUUUGUUGCCGUUACCAAAAUCAAAGCAUCAAAAUGCUGCAUUAUAUUUUUUUAUAAUCUUUCAUUUUAACUCAUUAAUGUUCCAUUCUCUAAAACAUUUAUGUUUCAUUCUGAUAGGAGUGCUAUUCAAAUACAUUACUAUAAUCACUAUUUCGUGUGCUAUGUGUUUUGAAUUUUCAUACAAGUGAACUAGAUUUACCAUCCUCUAUUCCUAAUUUUGCUAUCGUCAUCAUUUUAACUAUUUUUUCUAUUAAUUAGUAUUGCAAUCAUCAUCACCACCAUUAUCGCUGUAAUUAUUAUC